AACAGACCAACAGCCUUAGAACAACAAUUUAACUGCAACAGAAGAACAAUGAACAAAGGGCAUUCUUAUAUUUAGUUUUUUUGUGCUCAGCCAACUUAUUUGUCUUUUGGCAGGAAGAUAACAGUAGUUAGACUGAAGAGUUAGUGCUAAGGUAACCUUUAUGAGGACAACAACGUAGGUCCUACGUGUCAUGUUUUGGCCUAGCCAGAUUUGUAUGUUAGCCAAUUCCUUUGUUGUUUGGGGAGAUGACUUGCCUUGUUAAAUAAAAAAGUGAAAGCGGCAAAAUAGUUGUUUGAAGCAGAACCAUAUCUACAGUAGGUCAGUCUGCAUCGAUUCAGUAUCUGGUCAGUCUGCAUCGAUUCAGUAUCUGGUCAGUCUGCAUCGAUUCAGUAUCUGGUCAGUCUGCAUCGAUUCAGUAUCUGGUCAGUCUGCAUCGAUUCAGUAUCUGGUCAGUCUGCAUCGAUUCAGUAUUUUGUCAGUCUGCAUCGAUUCAGUAUCUGGUCAGUCUGCAUCGAUUCACUAUCUGGUCAGUCUGCAUCGAUUCAGUAUCUGGUCAGUCUGCAUCGAUUCAGUAUUUGGUCAGUCUGCAUCGAUUCAGUAUCUGGUCAGUCUGCAUCGAUUCACUAUCUGGUCAGUCUGCAUCGAUUCAGUAUCUGGUCAGUCUGCAUCGAUUCACUAUAUGGUCAGUCUGCAUCGAUUCAGUAUCUACAUGGAGUAUUUUCAACUUUCUGGUCAGUCUGCGUCAAUUCAGUAUCUACAUGGAGUAUUUUCAACUUUCUGGUCAGUCUGCGUCGAUUCAGUAUCUACAUGGAGUAUUUUCAACUUUCUGGUCAGUCUGCAUCGAUUCAGUAUCUACAUGGAGUAUUUUCAACUUUCUGGUCAGUCUGCGUCGAUUCAGUAUCUGGUCAGUCUGCAUCGAUUCAGUAUCUACAUGGAGUAUUUUCAACUUUCUGGUCAGUCUGCGUCGAUUCAGUAUCUACAUGGAGUAUUUUCAACUUUCUGGUCAGUCUGCGUCGAUUCAGUAUCUGGUCAGUCUGCAUCGAUUCAGUAUCUGGUCAGUCUGCGUCGAUUCAGUAUCUGGUCAGUCUGCGUCGAUUCAGUAUCUGGUCAGUCUGCAUCGAUUCAGUAUCUGGUCAGUCUGCAUCGAUUCAGUAUCUGGUCAGUCUGCAUCGAUUCAGUAUCUGGUCAGUCUGCAUCGAUUCAGUAUCUGGUCAGUCUGCAUCGAUUCAUUAUCUGGUCAGUCUGCAUCGAUUCACUAUCUGGUCAGUCUGCAUCGAUUCAGUAUCUGGUCAGUCUGCAUCGAUUCAGUAUCUGGUCAGUCUGCAUCGAUUCAGUAUCUGGUCAGUCUGCGUCGAUUCAGUAUCUGGUCGGUCUGCGUCGAUUCAGUAUCUGGUCAGUCUGCGUCGAUUCAGUAUCUGGUCAGUCUGCGUCGAUUCAGUAUCUGGUCGGUCUGCAUCAAUUCAUUAUCUGGUCAGUCUGCAUCGAUUCACUAUCUGGUCAGUCUGCAUCGAUUCACUAUCUGGUCAGUCUGCAUCAAUUUACUAUCUGGUCAGUCUGCAUCGAUUCACUAUCUGGUCAGUCAGUGUUGAUUCAGUAUCUACAUGGAGUAUUUUCAACUUUCUGGUCAGUCAGUGUUGAUUCAACAAACCACAGUCCAUUUUUAAGAUGUAAAUGUAGCAUUACAGAUACUAUCAUAACUAAAUGCUGUAACUCUAACUCCAGCUGGCCCUGUUUAGACCUGUUUAUCAAUGGCUCUGACCAGUCCACUCUGUUACAGAGGCUGUUCAGUUCAUAUUGACGUCAUGUAGCUACAGCUUGUUGUUUCAGCUAGCAGGGCUGACUGGUCAGAUAACGUCAGCGGGCAGGCUAGUCCCAACAACACAGCUUGUUGUUUCAGCUAGCAGGGCUGACUGGUCAGAUAACGUCAGCGGGCAGGCUAGUCCCAACAACACAGCUUGUUGUUUCAGCUAGCAGGGCUGACUGGUCAGAUAACGUCAGCGGGCAGGCUAGUCCCAACAACACAGCUUGUUGUUUCAGCUAGCAGGGCUGACUGGUCAGAUAACGUCAGCGGGCAGGCUAGUCCCAACAACACAGCUUGUUGUUUCAGCUAGCAGGGCUGACUGGUCAGAUAGCGUCAGCGGGCAGGCUAGUCCCAACAACACAGCUUGUUGUUUCAGCUAGCAGGGCUGACUGGUCAGAUAACGUCAGCGGGCAGGCUAGUCCCAACAACACAGCUUGUUGUUUCAGCUAGCAGGGCUGACUGGUCAGAUAGCGUCAGCGGGCAGGCUAGUCCCAACAACACAGCUUGUUGUUUCAGCUAGCAGGGCUGACUGGUCAGAUAGCGUCAGCGGGCAGGCUAGUCCCAACAACACAGCUUGUUUCAGCUAGCAGGGCUGACUGGUCAGAUAGCGUCAGCGGGCAGGCUAGUCCCAACAACACAGCUUGUUGUUUCAGCUAGCAGGGCUGACUGGUCAGAUAGCGUCGGCGGGCAGGCUAGUCCCAACAACACAGCUUGUUGUUUCAGCUAGCAGGGCUGACUGGUCAGAUAGCGUCAGCGGGCAGGCUAGUCCCAACAACACAGCUUGUUGUUCAGCUAGCAGGGCUGACUGGUCAGAUAGCGUCAGCAGGCAGGCUAGUCCCAACAACACAGCUUGUUUCAGCUAGCAGGGCUGACUGGUCAGAUAGCAUCAGCGGGCAGGCUAGUCCCAACAACACAGCUUGUUGUUUCAGCUAGCAGGGCUGACUGGUCAGAUAGCGUCAGCGGGCAGGCUAGUCCCAACAACACAGCUUGUUGUUUCAGCUAGCAGGGCUGACUGGUCAGAUAGCGUCAGCGGGCAGGCUAGUCCCAACAACACAGCUUGUUGUUUCAGCUAGCAGGGCUGACUGGUCAGAUAGCGUCAGCGGGCAGGCUAGUCCCAACAACACAGCUUGUUGUUUCAGCUAGCAGUGCUGACUGGUCAGAUAGCGUCAGCGGGCAGGCUAGUCCCAACGACACAGCUUGUUAUUUCAGCUAGCAGUGCUGACUGGUCAGAUAGCGUCAGCGGGCAGGCUAGUCCCAACAACACAGCUUGUUAUUUCAGCUAGCAGGGCUGACUGGUUAGAUAGCGUCAGCAGGCAGGCUAGUCGCAACAACACAGCUUGUUGUUUCAGCUAGCAGGGCUGACUGGUCAGAUAGCGUCAGCGGGCAGGCUAGUCCCAACAACACAGCUUGUUAUUUCAGCUAGCAGUGCUGACUGGUCAGACAGCGUCAGCGGGCAGGCUAGUCCCAACAACACAGCUUGUUUCAGCUAGCAGGGCUGACUGGUCAGAUAGCGUCAGCGGGCAGGCUAGUCCCAACAACACAGCUUGUUGUUUCAGCCAGCAGUGCUGACUGGUCAGACAGCGUCAGCGGGCAGGCUAGUCCCAACAACACAGCUUGUUUCAGCUAGCAGGGCUGACUGGUCAGAUAGCGUCAGCGGGCAGGCUAGUCCCAACAACACAGCUUGUUAUUUCAGCUAGCAGUGCUGACUGGUUAGAUAGCGUCAGCGGGCAGGCUAUUCCCAACAACACAGCUUGUUAUUUCAGCUAGCAGGGCUGACUGGUCAGAUAGCGUCAGCAUGCAGGCUAGUCGCAACAACACAGCUUGUUAUUUCAGCUAGCAGUGCUGACUGGUCAGAUAGCGUCAGCGGGCAGGCUAGUCCCAACAACACAGCUUGUUAUUUCAGCUAGCAGGGCUGACUGGUCAGAUAGCGUCAGCAGGCAGGCUAGUCCCAACAACACAGCUUGUUUCAGCUAGCAGGGCUGACUGGUCAGAUAGCGUCAGCGGGCAGGCUAGUCCCAACAACACAGCUUGUUGUUUCAGCUAGCAGGGCUGACUGGUCAGAUAGCGUCAGCAGGCAGGCUAGUCCCAACAACACAGCUUGUUGUUUCAGCUAGCAGGGCUGACUGGUCAGAUAGCGUCAGCAGGCAGGCUAGUCCCAACAACACAGCUUGUUAUUUCAGCUAGCAGGGCUGACUGGUCAGAUAGCGUCAGCGGGCAGGCUAGUCCCAACAACACAGCUUGUUAUUUCAGCUAGCAGGGCUGACUGGUCAGAUAGCGUCAGCAGGCAGGCUAGUCCCAACAACACAGCUUGUUAUUUCAGCUAGCAGGGCUGACUGGUCAGAUAGCGUCAGCAGGCAGGCUAGUCCCAACAACACAGCUUGUUAUUUCAGCUAGCAGGGCUGACUGGUCAGAUAGCGUCAGCAGGCAGGCUAGUCCCAACAACACAGCUUGUUGUUUCAGCUAGCAGGGCUGACUGGUCAGAUAGCGUCAGCAGGCAGGCUAGUCCCAACAACACAGCUUGUUGUUUCAGCUAGCAGUGCUGACUGGUCAGAUAGCGUCAGCGGGCAGGCUAGUCCCAACAACACAGCUUGUUGUUUCAGCUAGCAGGGCUGACUGGUCAGAUAGCGUCAGCGGGCAGGCUAGUCCCAACAACACAGCUUGUUAUUUCAGCUAGCAGGGCUGACUGGUCAGAUAGCGUCAGCAGACAGGCUAGUCCCAACAACACAGCUUGUUAUUUCAGCUAGCAGGGCUGACUGGUCAGAUAGCGUCAGCAGACAGGCUAGUCCCAACAACACAGCUUGUUAUUUCAGCUAGCAGGGCUGACUGGUCAGAUAGCGUCAGCAGGCAGGCUAGUCCCAACAACACAGCUUGUUAUUUCAGCUAGCAGGGCUGACUGGUCAGAUAGCGUCAGCAGACAGGCUAGUCCCAACAACACAGCUUGUUAUUUCAGCUAGCAGGGCUGACUGGUCAGAUAGCAUCAGCAGGCAGGCUAGUCCCAACAACACAGCUUGUUGUUUCAGCUAGCAGGGCUGACUGGUCAGAUAGCGUCAGCAGGCAGGCUAGUCCCAACAACACAGCUUGUUAUUUCAGCUAGCAGGGCUGACUGGUCAGAUAACGUCAGCAGGCAGGCUAGUCCCAACAACACAGCUUGUUGUUUCAGCUAGCAGGGCUGACUGGUCAGAUAACGUCAGUGGGCAGGCUAGUCCCAACAACACAGCUUGUUGUUUCAGCUAGCAGGGCUGACUGGUCAGAUAACGUCAGUGGGCAGGCUAGUCGCAACAACACAGCUUGUUGUUUCAGCUAGCAGGGCUGACUGGUCAGAUAGCGUCAGCAGGCAGGCUAGUCCCAACAACACAGCUUGUUGUUUCAGCUAGCAGGGCUGACUGGUCAGAUAGCGUCAGCGGGCAGGCUAGUCCCAACAACACAGCUUGUUAUUUCAGCUAGCAGGGCUGACUGGUCAGAUAGCGUCAGCAGGCAGGCUAGUCCCAACAACACAGCUUGUUGUUUCAGCUAGCAUGGCUGACUGGUCAGAUAACGUCAGCGGGCAGGCUAGUCCCAACAACACAGCUCGUUAUUUCAGCUAGCAGUGCUGACUGGUCAGACAGCGUCAGCAGGCAGGCUAGUCCCAACAACACAGCUUGUUAUUUCAGCUAGCAGGGCUGACUGGUCAGAUAGCGUCAGCAGGCAGGCUAGUCCCAACAACACAGCUUGUUAUUUCAGCUAGCAGGGCUGACUGGUCAGAUAGCGUCAGCAGGCAGGCUACUCCAGGGCCUUAUUACACACUGUAUGCAUCACAAAUGACACCCUAAUAACUAUAUAGCUCAUUAGUCUUGACCAGGGUCCAUUGGGAUCUACAGUAGUGCACUAUGUAGGGAAUAUUGUUCCACGUGGGACAUAUUUAAACUAACAGUCAGAGGGUAAGUGCAAUAUAGUGUGGGACACAGUAUGUGUCCAAAAUGGCACCCUUCUCCUUAUGGGGCACUUAUGGAUCAAAAGUAGAGCACUAUAUAUGGGUCUAUUUAGGAGGCACUCUGUUUUCUCUCCAACUAUUCUCCUGCUCUGGCAGUCUCACUACAAAACAGACUGGAACAAAUUCUCCAUGUCAUUUUGGCUGGCUAAGCUCAGCUACUUAAAGUGCCCUGAAAUAGUAUGAAGAUGUGAAAAACUAAAUAUUAUGGCAAUUAAGAGGCAUUAUAGCUUUCUGAACAUCCUGUCCCCCUGGUCUAGCUGCUUGUGUUAAGGUCUGUAUUAUGGCUGAAUGCAAUACAUAAAACAAGCCCUUCUAUAUAAAAGGCCUGUGUGUGUGUGUGUAUUCUCAUCACUGUGUAACUGGGGUGUUCCCAAUGUAAAUGUGUCACGUUAAGUUAACUUGUUACUGUGAGUGUAGAGGUUGUCUCAGAGAGUUGGUUAUUUAACUGUAAAACAUUAUGGGGGAUGUUGGUCUUCUCCAUAUUGGUCUUCACAUUACUGUGAACUGAUCCAUGGAAAACCAACAGGAUACGCAUUGACACACACACACAACACUGACAGGCAUGGUGCUGGAGGAGGGAAACAAACUUCCUGUUAGUGCCCAUCCAUCAGGCUUAGGUCCUAACUUCCUGUUCUUACUGCCUACCCAUCCAUCAGGUCUAGGUCCUAACUUCCUGUUCUUACUGCCUACCCAUCCAUCAGGUCUAGGUCCUAACUUCCUGUUCUUACUGCCUACCCAUCCAUCAGGCUUAGGUCCUAACUUCCUGUUCUUACUGCCUGCCCAUCCAUCAGGUCUAGGUCAUAACUUCCUGUUCAUACUGCCUACCCAUCCAUCAGGUCUAGGUCCUAACUUCCUGUUCUUACUGCCUGCCCAUCCAUCAGGUCUAGGUCAUAACUUCCUGUUCAUACUGCCUACCCAUCCAUCAGGUCUAGGUCCUAACUUCCUGUUCUUACCCAUCCAUCAGGUCUAGGUCCUAACUUCCUGUUCUUACUGCCUACCCAUCCAUCAGGAUUAGGUCCUAACUUCCUGUUCUUACCCAUCCAUCAGGCUUAGGUCCUAACUUCCUGUUCUUACUGCCUACCCAUCCAUCAUGCCUAGGUCCUGACUUCCUGUUCUUACUUCCCAACCAUCAGGCUUAGGCCCUAACUUCCUGUUCUUACUGCCCAUCCAUCAGGCUUAGGUCCUAACUUCCUGUUCUUACAGCCUACCCAUCCAUCAGGCCUAGGCCCUAACUUCCUGUUCUUACUGCCCAUCCAUCAGGCUUAGGUCCUAACUUCCUGUUCUUACAGCCUACCCAUCCAUCAGGCCUAGGUCCUAACUUCCUGUUCUUACUGCCUACCCAUCCAUCAGGCUUAGUUCCUGACUUCCUGUUCUUACUGCCUACCCAUCCAUUAGGCUUAGGUCCUGACUUCCUGUUCUUACUGCUCAUCCAUCAGGCUUAGGUCCUGACUUCCUGUUCUUACUGCCCAUCCAUCAGGCUUAGGCCCUAACUUCCUGUUCUUACUGCCCAUCCAUCAGGCUUAGGUCCUGACUUCCUGUUCUUGCUGCCCAACCAUCAGGCUUAGGUCCUAACUUCCUGUUCUUACUGCCCAUCCAUCAGGCCUAGGUCCUGACUUCCUGUUCUUACUGCCCAUCCAUCAGGCCUAGGUCCUGACUUCCUGUUCUUACUGCCCAUGCAUCAGGCUUAUGUCCUGACUUCCUGUUCUUACUGCCCAUCCAUCAGGCCUAGGUUCUUACUGCCCAUGCAUCAGGCUUAGGUCCUAACUUCCUGUUCUUACUGCCCAUCCAUCAGGCCUAGGUCCUGACUUCCUGUUCUUACUGCCCAUCCAUCAGGCCUAGGUCCUGACUUCCUGUUCUUACUGCCCAUCUAUCCAUCAGGCUUAUGUCCUGACUUCCUGUUCUUACUGCCCAUCCAUAAGGCCUAGGUUCUUACUGCCCAUGCAUCAGGCCUAUGUCCUAACUUCCUGUUCUUACUGCCCAUCCAUCAGGCUUAGGUCCUGACUUCCUGUUCUUACUGCCCAUCCAUCAGGCCUAGGUCCUAACUUCCUGUUCUUACUGCAUAUCCAUCAGGCUUAGGUCCUGACUUCCUGUUCUUACUGCAUAUCCAUCAGGCUUAGGUCCUGACUUCCUGUUCUUACUGCCCAUCCAUCAGGCUUAGGUCCUAACUUCCUGUUCUUACUGCCCAUCCAUCAGGCCUAGGUCCUAACUUCCUGUUCUUACUGCCCAUCCAUCAGGCUUAGGUCCUGACUUCUGUCGUGGAAAUAUUCAGUCAAUAAUAUUUCCCAAAUACUGGAGCUUGUGAGUUCAAAUAGACUUUAUUACAAAGUAACAGAAACCGAGCUGGCUCAAGAAGCAACUGACUUUCUAGCCUUGGCUUUUAUACUGGUUUCAUCCCUACAUCACACACAUCUGACUUUCCAGCCUUGGUACACACCUUUAUACUGGUUUUAUCCCUACAUCACACACAGCUGACAUUCCAGCCUCACCUUUUAUACUGGUUUCAUCCCUACAUCACACACAGCUGACUUUCUAGCCUUGGCUUUUAUACUGGUUUCAUCCCUACAUCACACACAACUUGACUUUCUAGCCUUGGCUUUUAUACUGGUUUCAUCCCUACAU